AUGGGUCCUGCAAAAACAACAGUUCAUCGAAAAGCACAGUGUAAAUGUUGUUUAUGGUGCUUAAAUGUUGCAAAACUUAGUAUGAUGUAUUCUCAUAUUACACAUCAAUGUGAUGAAGUUGUUAAUUAUGAUCCAAGUGCACAUAAAGAGAUAAUUAUGAAAAUGUGUGAACUGGAACAAAAAUUGUCACCAGGAAGAAAUAGCAAACGAAUCACAGAGCCAUUAGCUUAUGCAAAGUCAAUUAUUCAAUCUGCUUCUAUUACAUUGACAGAUUGCUAUUUAAUUUUAUCAUAUCUUCGUUUUACAACAAAUCAGUAUGUUGAUAAUGCUGAAAUUCGAAUUUUCGGUCGAUUUGUUAGCAAGGUGGUUGAUAUUCGGUUAAAGGAGUUCCAGAAUGAUCUUUAUCUAAGUGCGUAUUAUCUUCAUCCAAAGUAUCGUGAUAGUGGAAUGCCCGCCGGCGACUGGCAUCACACUAAACGUCGAAAUUAUCUUAAUCAAUUUACAAUCGAAGUGAUUGCUAGAAUACAUAAAUUUUACAGAAAUGGAUCGAGUCAUGCUGAUGAAGUUAUGGAUACUGAUUCUUUAGAAGAAAUGCUAGAUUCAGUUGAUGAGUCAAAACAAAAUGCUGGUGUUAUUGAUGGAUCAAGUUAUUCUUUGGGUAAUACUGCUGAUUUUAUACAAUGUGUUAGUGAUAACCAUAAUAUUUUACGUACAAAAUAUGAAGCAGAAAAUAUAAACGAAGAGCAAUCUUUCGAUGAUGAGGAUAGUUUGGAAGUCGAUUAUAUGUUAAAUACGAACGAUCGAGGUUUUCAAGAAAUCUUAAUUGACCUUGAUUUUAUUGAAGAAAUUCAAUUAAUAACUACUGAAGAUAAUGAUCACCCGAAGACGCAAAAAAUGACAAAAUCUCAAACGAAGAUUAUGACGUACAAGAACUAUUAA